AAUUCCCCCACAUCAGCCCACCCAUCUAUGUAUUAUCCCCCACGUCGGCCCACCCGUCUAUGUAAUACAUCCUAUGUUGGCCCACCCGUCUAUAUAAUUAUACCCCACCUCGGCCCACCUGUCUAUGUAAUAAAUAUUUUAUCACACCCUCGGCCCACCCGUCUAUUUGAUAUCCCUUUCGUCGGCCCACCCGUAUAUGUAAUACUUUUUAUGUCGGCCCACCUGUAUAUGUAAUACACCCCGCGUCAGCCCACCCAUCUAUGUAAUAUUCCCCUACCUCGGCCCACCCAUAUAUGUAAUACACCCCCGUUGGCCCGCCCGUCUAUAUAACAAUAUUUGCCUUACAUCUCUCUUCAGCCCAGCUGUCUAUAAUAUCCUACUCUACAUAUUACCCUGAUGGGCCCACCCAUCUCCAUGAAUGAUCAUAUUCCCCCGGCCCAUCCGUCAACAUCAAGGAUAUAUAUAUCAUUGGCAUACAUGGGCCCACCUGUCUCCAUCAGAAAUAAUAUGUGUCCCGGCCCAUCUGUCAUCAUCGAGAAUAUACACAACAUGGGCCCAUAAUCCGCUGGCCUGUCUCAUACGGGAUAUUAUGUAGGUCGGGUGGCCCGUAUAAUACGGAAUUUGUCACUGAAGGGGCUC